UCAUCAUAUUCAAUUCUUUAGUAUUAUCCCUUCCCCAAUCCUAUCCUAUCCUAUAUAUUCAUCUCUCUGCGGAAUGCGGACAGCAAGUAAAAUCUUUAUAAAAGAAAAAUUGCAAGUAAAAUAGGCAGUGAGUGAAGUGUGAAGAUUGGGAGAGAAAGGGAAAUGGCAAAAGACGGAGAGGUGGUGUGCGUGACCGGAGGUAGCGGGUGCAUUGGAUCCUGGCUCGUACGUGAACUCCUCCAUCGUGGCUACAAUGUCCAUGCCACCGUCCAAGAUCUCAAGGAUGAGAAUGAAACGAAGCAUCUAGAAGGUCUAGAAGGAGCCGAAACUCGUCUCCGUCUCUUCCAGAUUGAUCUCCUCGACUACCCCUCCAUUCUCCGCGCUGUUAAUGGCUGCGCCGGUGUCUUCCACCUCGCCUCUCCCUGCAUCGUCGAUCAAGUCCAUGAUCCCCAGAAGCAACUUCUGGACCCGGCGAUCAAGGGUACUAUAAAUGUACUGACUGCAGCGAAGGAAGCUGGGGUGAGCCGCGUGGUGGUCACGUCAUCAAUCUCCUCUAUAACUCCCAGCCCUAACUGGCCACCUGAUGUUGUCAAGGCUGAGGAUUGCUGGUCCGACAUGGACUACUGCAAGCAGAAGGAGUUAUGGUAUCCAAUUUCUAAAAACCUAUCCGAGAAAGCAGCUUGGGAUUUUUCUAAAGAGAAGGGUUUGGACGUGGUGGUGGUGAAUCCCGGGACAGUCAUGGGCCCUGUUAUUCCCCCUAGACUCAAUGCUAGCAUGCUAAUGCUUCUUCGCCUUCUUCAGGGAUGCACUGAAACAUAUGAAAAUUUUUUUAUGGGAUCUGUGCAUUUUAAAGAUGUGGCCCUGGCACAUAUAUUGGUUUAUGAGAACAAAUCAGCAACUGGAAGGCACUUGUGUGUUGAAGCUAUAUCACAUUAUGGUGAUUUUGUAGCAAAGGUUGCUGAACUUUACCCUGAAUAUAAAGUUCCAAGGUUGCCAAAGGAUACUCAGCCUGGGUUGCUGAGGGCGAAGGAUGGAGCUAAGAAGAUGAUGGACUUGGGCUUACAAUUUAUUCCUAUGGAGCAAAUUAUCAAGGAAUCUGUUGAGAGUUUGAAGAGCAAAGGAUUUAUUUCUUGAAUGCUAGCUACAGUGUUCACGAACACUUUAGGGAUCUAUUUAUCUUGUGAAUUAUUGGUGAGGAUUUGUAGUAUUAUUAUGAACAAUUGUAGCCAAUGAAUUAUGGUUUCUCAAUGUAGCUUGGAUCUCCUUGUAA